UGAAAUAAAAGGAAUCGAAGAGGGAGUUGAAGUUGAAAAUAGGCAGAAGACUAAAACCCUAAAAAACAGACCCAAAAGUAAGAGGUUUCAAACUGUCUCCGGAGAAUUGAGAAGCUUGCUUUCGCUCGGAGGUUUUUCUCUCUUCACUCAGGAAAGUCUCGGACUUUUUGUUGUUAGGUGUUAAUUCUGCACAAUGUCGCGUGUAUACGUUGGAAACUUGGAUCCACGGGUGACUGAGCGAGAGCUUGAAGACGAGUUUCGUGUUUUCGGAGUUAUUCGAAGUGUUUGGGUUGCUAGAAGACCUCCUGGCUAUGCAUUCAUUGAUUUUGAUGAUACUAGGGACGCCAAAGAUGCCAUUCAUGCAUUAGAUGGUAAAAAUGGCUGGAGAGUUGAGCUUUCACACAAUUCUAGAGGUGGGGGUGGCGGUCGUGGUGGUGGGCGAGGAGGAGGUGGUGGGCGAGGUGGGUCUGAUUUGAAGUGUUAUGAGUGUGGCGAGCCUGGUCAUUUCGCUCGUGAAUGCCGUUUACGUGUUGGUGGUGGUGGUGGUGGUGGAGGGGGAAGGCGACGCAGCCGUAGUCCAAGAUACAGGAGGAGCCCAAGUUAUGGUAGGAGCAGGAGCUACAGUCCCCGUGGUAGAUCUCCACCUCCACGCCGUCGCAGUCCCUCACCUCGUGGAAGAAGCUACAGCAGGUCACCAGCUCCUUAUCGUGCUCGUGAGGAACUGCCUUAUGCAAACGGAAAUGGUGUCAGGGAGAGACGUCGCAGCAGGAGCUGAUUUGGGUUGUUUAAUAUGAAAAUAACGAUGUUUUGUCUGUAGUAUGCUUGGACAUCGUUCAACUAUGUUAAGCUGGGUGCUGUCUGCAACCUCAAAUCUUGGAUUUGGUUAAGUUCUUUUCUUUCUGUGUUAAUUAGUAUUUGUUAUGCUGCGUAUAGAGGCAAUUUGUUUUAAACUUAAUGAUUGGCUAGAUACUGUUAACAAUAUGCUUUUCAGUACAUUGCAAAAUAGCUGGCUAAGUUUUGUACUGUU